GAAGCGCAGCCACCAGCGCGCCGUACAGCACUCUGCUGCCCGAGUGCUUGUUUGCUGCUUCGUACUCCUUCCGUAUAGCCGCCAUGAUAAGCGCUAGUCGAACCGCGGCAGCUCGUCUCCUGGGCGCCGCAGCUUCCCGGGGCCCCACGGCCGCCCGCCACCAGGAUGGCUGGAAUGGCCUUAGUCAUGAGGCUUUUAGAAUUGUUUCCAGGCGGGAUUAUGCAUCAGAAGCAAUCAAAGGAGCAGUUGUUGGUAUUGAUUUGGGUACUACCAACUCCUGUGUGGCAGUUAUGGAAGGUAAACAAGCAAAGGUGCUGGAGAAUGCUGAAGGUGCAAGAACCACCCCUUCAGUUGUGGCCUUUACAUCAGAUGGUGAGCGACUUGUUGGCAUGCCCGCCAAGCGACAGGCUGUCACCAAUCCAAACAAUACAUUCUAUGCUACCGAGCGCCUCAUUGGCCGGCGAUAUGAUGACCCUAAAGUACAGAAAGACAUUAAAAAUGUUCCCUUUAAAAUUGUCCGCGCCUCCAAUGGUGAUGCCUGGGUUGAGGCUCAUGGAAAACUCUAUUCUCCAAGUCAGAUUGGAGCAUUUGUAUUGAUGAAGAUGAAAGAGACUGCAGAAAAUUACUUGGGGCACACAGCAAAAAAUGCUGUGAUUACAGUACCAGCUUACUUCAAUGACUUCCAGAGACAGACCACUAAGGAUGCUGGCCAGAUAUCUGGACUGAAUGUGCUUCGAGUGAUUAAUGAACCCACAGCCGCUGCUCUGGCUUAUGGUCUAGACAAAUCAGAAGACAAAAUCAUUGCUGUAUAUGAUUUAGGUGGUAGGACUUUUGAUAUUUCUAUCCUGGAAAUUCAGAAAGGAGUAUUUGAGGUGAAAUCUAUGAAUGGAGACACUUUUUUAGGUGGUGAAGACUUUGACCAGGCCUUGCUACGACACAUAGUGAAAGAAUUCAAGAGAGAGACGGGUGAUUUGACCAAAGACAACAUGGCGCUUCAAAGGGUGCGGGAAGCUACUGAGAAGGCUAAACGUGAACUCUUCUCAUCUGUGCAGACCGACAUCAACUUGCCAUAUCUUACGAUGGAUGCUUCUGGACCCAAGCAUUUGAACAUGAAGUUGACUCGUGCUCAAUUUGAGGGGAUCGUCACUGAUCUAAUCAGAAGGACUGUUGCUCCAUGCCAAAAAGCUAUGCAAGAUGCAGAAGUCAGCAAGAGUGACAUAGGAGAAGUAAUUCUUGUUGGUGGCAUGACUAGGAUGCCUAAGGUUCAGCAGACUGUGCAGGAUCUCUUUGGCCGAGCCCCAAGUAAAGCUGUCAAUCCUGAUGAGGCUGUGGCGAUUGGAGCUGCCAUUCAGGGAGGUGUGUUGGCUGGUGAUGUCACAGAUGUGCUGCUCCUGGACGUCACUCCCCUAUCUCUGGGUAUUGAGACUCUGGGAGGUGUCUUUACCAAGCUUAUUAACAGGAACACCAGUAUUCCAACCAAGAAGAGCCAGGUGUUUUCUACAGCUGCUGAUGAACAGACUCAAGUGGAGAUUAAAGUAUGUCAGGGUGAGAAAGAAAUGGCUGGAGACAACAAACUUCUUGGACAGUUUACUUUGAUUGGAAUUCCCCCAGCCCCUCGUGGAGUCCCGCAGAUUGAAGUUACAUUUGAUAUUGAUGCCAAUGGGAUCGUACAUGUUUCUGCUAAAGAUAAGGGCACAGGACGUGAGCAGCAGAUUGUAAUCCAGUCUUCUGGUGGGUUAAGCAAAGAUGAUAUUGAAAAUAUGGUUAAAAAUGCAGAGAAGUAUGUUGAGGAAGAUCGACGAAAGAAGGAACAAGUUGAAGCAGUUAAUAUGGCUGAAGGAAUCAUUCAUGACACAGAAACCAAGAUGGAAGAAUUCAAGGACCAAUUGCCUGCCGAUGAGUGCAACAAGCUAAAAGAAGAGAUUUCCAAAAUGAGGGAGAUCCUGGCUAGAAAAGACAGCGAAACAGGAGAAAACAUCCGGCAGGCAGCAUUCUCCCUUCAGCAGGCAUCACUGAAGCUCUUCGAAAUGGCAUACAAAAAGAUGGCAUCUGAGCGAGAAGGCUCUGGAAGUUCUGGCACUGGGGAACAAAAGGAAGAUCAAAAGGAGGAGAAACAGUAGUAAAUUUUGGAGCCAAAAGGACAACAUGAAGCUUGGGAGUGAAGGGACUUCCUGAGCAGAAAUGGGCAAACUUCAGUCUUCUUACUGUGUUUUUGCAGUAUUCUAUAUAUAAUUUCCUUAAUUUGUAAAUUUAGUGACUGUUAGCUAAUGAUCAUUUAAUGGGCAAUAAUUCCAACAGUACAAAGUUCACAGUGUUCU